CAGUGGAUUUAUGGAUGAGGAAAGAACACACUUCACGUCACAGCAAUACAAAUUUUCUUACUUUGAGAUAUCAGUACUCAAAGUAUGAAGCAUGAGGCAAAUUGCAUCAGAAUGCAGGAGAAUGGGCAUUUGAAAGAGAGAGAACGAAAUACAAGAAGUCAAAAUAGAGUUUUUGAUUACCAGUUUCAAAGAAAUCUAGCCAAUGAACAACAAUCAGGGCCUUCCGUAUCAUGUAUAGAUGUCAACAAACCAUCUAUGGAAAACGAGUCCAAUGUUUGCAGUAGGACAGUAAGCAUCGCUACCAUCGGAAAGGAAGGCAAAGAAAAGGUGGUAAAGGUAAACCUGUCUGAGAGAGAGCCUGAAAAGCAAGGGGCCCAACUAUCAGACAGCCCUGACUACAACAUUGACAAUGCAUCCAGUGAAAACACUGAAACUACCCAUGUAGUAAAUCACAAAGAAGAUGAAGAAAGAAUUCAGAAAGAAGUUCUACAACAACAUAUAACUAAUCCUGACCAGCAACCCAUUGUUCAUGAUUGUGAUGGGGAGGUGACCUCUGAUACUGAAAGUGAUGAGUUUAUUAGUUCGACUUCUAUUUCAUGUAGAGAUGUUAACACACCAUGUCUGGAAGAUGAGACAAAUGUUCACAGUAGAACAUUAUGCAUCCCAACUUUGGGAAAGGAAAGCAAAGAAGUGGUGGUAAAGGAGAGCCUAUGUGAGAGAGAGCUGGCCCAGCCUUUUUCAGAUGGCCCUGAUUACAACAGUGACAACCCCUCUAGUCAAAACACUGAAACCGCCCAUUUAAAUCAGAUGCAAGCUAAAGCAGGAAUUCCGGACAUUCCGCAAGAAGUUUUACAACAACAUGGAACUAAUCUUGACCAACAACCCAUUGUUCUUAAUUUUGAUGGAGAGGAUACUUCUGAUACUGAAAAUGAUGCGGUUAUUAAAUUGAACUAUUCCAUAAGAUUUAGAAGGCAGCAAAGGAAGUGUUCCACAGUUGAGGAGAAAGAAGGUUCCAUGGACGAUUGAGGAAGAACAGAUGCUUAGGGUAUUUUCUUUGUUGCAAUUUUAUUGUGCUUUUUUUCCUUUUUUGCAGAAGAUUGGUUUCAGAGUGUUUUCUCUUUUCUUUGUGUCUUGAGUAACAAAUGAAAAUUUG